CUCUCUGGCACGCACAAGCGGAGAGGAAGAGGCGAAGCGAGAGGGAUAACGACCCAAAAUCUGUCUUUUCCAGCAGUUUGUUUUUCAACAUGACCAUGGACCUAACUUUUCUGGGGACAGGGUCGGCAUACCCUUCCCCCCAUCGUGGCGCUUCUGCCCUCGUCCUCAGAACAGAAGGGGAGUGUUGGCUGUUUGACUGCGGAGAAGGGACGCAAACUCAACUGAUGAAGAGUCAAUUGAAGGCUAGCCGAAUCACCAAAGUGUUUAUCUCUCACCUGCAUGGCGAUCACCUCUUUGGUCUACCAGGGCUACUGUGCACUGUGAGCCUAAACCUCAACCCCUGUCCCACCCAGCCUCCAACAUGUGUGGAUAUCUAUGGUCCCCAGGGUCUCAGGCAGUUCCUGAGGGUGGCAUUAGAGCUCACCAGCUCCCARCUUCUCUUCCCCUAUUCAGUACAUGAGCUAGAGCCCACCACUGACCAGUGUCCUACAGAGGGUCAGCUAAGCCCUGAAGUCACAGCAGAUUCUGGGCGUCUCCAUCCCCAAGAACGCGCCGGCCGAACAAUCUCCCUGGAUGUCAACAGUGACUGCUAUGUUAUACUGGAGGAGAAGCGUUUUGUUGUGAAGGCGUUCCGUUUGUUCCACCGGGUACCCUCCUUCGGGUUCUCUGUUCAAGAACAUGAUUGGCCAGGGCGUUUGAACACAGAACUACUGAAGGAUCUUGGUUUGAAGCCUGGACCACUCUAUGGGCGACUGAAAGCUGGUGAGUCGGUGACACUGGAAAAUGGACAAGUGGUGAAGCCCAGUGAGGUGCUGGAGGAAGCCAUUCCGGGGAGAAAAGUGUGUGUUUUAGGGGAUUGCAGCUCGUUAUUGGGGGAGGGACCCCUGAGGGCCUGUCACAGAGCUGACAUCCUGGUGCAUGAGGCCACCCUGUCAGAUGAGCAUCGGGAGAAGGCAGUGGACCAUGGGCACAGCACACCUAGUAUGGCAGCUGCAGUGGCACAGGCCUGUUGUGCACGCAUGCUGGUGCUCUACCAUUUCAGUCAGAGGUAUAAGCCGGCCGGCCAGCACAAAGAGGGUGAUGAGGAUGAUGUCUUGGAGCUCAGGAGACAAGCUGAGGAGGCGUUGCAGGGCACAGGCAUAGAGGUGUCCCUGGCGGAGGACUUUCUCACGAUACCCAUACCCCUCAUAAGGCUUCACUGAGGCCUUACACUUGUUAGUUAUGAUAAAUACUGUAAACAAAAGCCAGAGUGAGCAGGUUGUGAAUUAAGCAUUGAAUGAACGACUUGGUGUCUGGGAAAUAUUUAGUAAAUUGUCUGAAUAAAAAAAGUAUUGACUCUU